AUGGACGGGAUGGACCCCCAGGGCGGCCAGACGAUCGGCACACUGCGCUUUCCGCCGGGGCAGGAGGACAAGCCGAUCCUCCAAGUGUCGCACCACCGCCUCGAGGGCAAGCUCGUCAAGCUCACCAGGCCGCUGGCGGUCCUGGAGAAAAAGGUGGCGCCGGUCGACGAGGACGACCUGGAGUGCGUGCCGGACGACGUGCACUCGCCGCCCUCGUCGCCGCCCGUGCACGGCGCGGAGCCUGCGUCGCCGACGCAGGAGCGCAAGCGCGCGCGCAUGGACGCGCCCGAGACCCCGGUGAAGCGCGCGCCGAUGCUCAGCAGCUCGCCGAUGCCGGAGCGCGCGGUGCACUACUCCGACGGCCACUACGACUUUUCCUCGCCCCAAGGGGGCCUCGGCUCACAGCGCACCAAGCCGAGCACCGUGACGUCGUACCACGUCGUGACGAUCGUGCGCCACAAACUGCUCUUUUCGAAACGCCCGGAGCCGAUCGUACGGCUCGACGGAUAA